AUGGGUGAUCGAAUUGCCAUGAUGGAACGCGCAUGUGAAGAAAUAGAAGCGAAAGGUAUCAAGAUCAUGAGAACGAGCUCUCUGUUCGAAACCGCCCCCAUGUAUGUGACUAAUCAGGAUCCCUUUCUCAAUGGAGUUUGUGAAGUAACCACCAGCUUACAACCUAUCGAGCUAUUGGAUGCUCUUCAAUCCAUAGAGCUGGCUAUGGGAAGAAAAAAGGUAGUAGACAAAGGGCCUCGGGUUAUAGAUCUGGACAUCCUUUUGUAUGAUGGAAUAACCCUCGCCAAUGAACGUCUAAACAUCCCCCACAUGCUUAUGCUGGAACGUGAAUUUGUAUUGCGACCGCUUUGCCAGUUAAUUCCAGGAGAAAGACCACCUGAAAGCGAGAAUACCACUUCUUAUCAGACAUAUCUUCACUCUCUCCCGCCCUCCAACCCUUCACCUAUAGCUAUCACACCAAUACACUCAAAUAUUCCAGCACUAGCGCCUUCUAAUCCCAAAAGGCAUACUCAUAUCAUGGCUGUGCUGAAUUUGACACCAGACUCUUUUUCGGAUGGUGGCGUGCAUUCCGCAACAAACAGCUCAACGCUCUCCGACACAGUUCGAAGAUUCAUUAUGAACGGAGCCAGCAUAGUUGACAUCGGUGGUGAGAGUACCCGGCCUAAUUCCAAUCCGACCAGUGAACAGGAAGAGCUUGCUCGUGUCGUACCAGCUAUCCAACUCGUCCGUUCCCUACCAGAAGCGAAAAACGUUGCAAUCAGCAUUGACACUUACCGCGCUAGCGUCGCCGAGGCUGCCGUUGCAGCUGGAGCAGACAUCAUCAACGACAUUUCUGCCGGCCUACUGGACCCUGCCAUGCUUCCCACAAUGGCUCGCCUCGGGAAAACCGUCAUUCUUUCACACAUGCGCGGCACGCCCAAGACAAUGACAAACCUCACUGACUACCCGUCCGGCGUCAUUGAAGGCGUUAGCACAGAACUCGCUACCCGUAUAGCUGCCGCUGAGCGCGCCGGCGUCCGGCGUUGGCGUAUUAUUGCGGACCCUGGCAUUGGUUUCGCCAAGACGCAGGCGCAGAAUCUCACCCUACUUCGGAACUUGCAUCACCUACGCGAAUCUGCUGGCUUGAGCCACUUACCGUGGUUAGUGGGCGCAAGCCGCAAAGGAUUUGUAGGGCAGAUAACGCGUGUUGAAAAGCCGAGUGAGCGGGUUUGGGGCACUGGAGCGGCGAUCACAGCAGCUAUUGGUGGCGGCGCAGAUAUUGUGCGAGUGCACGAUGUGAAGGAGAUGGAUCAAGUUGCGAGAAUGGCGGAUGCGAUUUAUCGACAAGGGUAUGACGCCUGA